GGCACGCCCCUUUUUUGUUAUCAAUCUGCCUGCAUUUGUCUGCCACCUGGCGGCUGUUAAAGGAAAUCUUUGAACCACAGCUGUAAACGGAAUACGGACUGAGUCACUCAGGAAAUUCAGUUUAAGGCCAAAUUCGUACGGAUUUCGGCUUCAUUUCCAAGAGCAUGGACGAUCGCAAGAGGCUGGUCAGCAGCUUCCUCGGCUUUCUGGCCGAAGAAGUGAAGGCGAACCGGCCUUCGGAGGAGCUGACUGAGAGCCUCGAGGUGGCCAUGCAGUGUCUUGAGAGUGCCUACAACAUCGCCCCGCAGGACAUCACUGCGGCCGGCCAACCCCCUCUUCUCUCCCUCUUCCAGAAUCAAACAAAUCCGUUCUCUGGUGCUCCGGAAGCUCCUGUCGACGCUAAGGCGGAGGCGGAAAAGUGCAAGCUUGUGGGAAACAAUCUGGUCAAGGAAGAUAAUCAUGUGAUGGCUGUUGACCAAUACACCAGAGCUAUUAUGUUCGACGGCAAAAACGCGGUUUACUACUGCAACAGAGCCGCUGCUUACAACAAAUUAGGCAACUUCCACGCGGCUGUUAUGGACUGCAAGACUGCCAUUCAGAUUGACCCCUCCUACAGUAAGGCCUAUGGAAGAAUGGGGGUUGCGUAUGCACAGCUCAAAAUGCAUGCAGAGGCGAUCGACAGCUACCAGAAGGCGCUGGAGCUCGAGCCAGGAAAUGAAACCUACACAAACAACCUGAGGAUUUCUCAAGACAUUGUGGGACAGCAGCAGCAAACGAGCACGCCUCAACAAGCACCUAACCUGACCUCGGCCUUCCAGCAAGGAGGCUUCCAAUUUGGCCAGCUACUCAACAAUCCAGCCCUUGUCAACAUGGCCACGCAGCUCAUGAAUGACCCAAAUAUGAGCAGAGUAAUGAAUGACAUUAUGGCUGGUGGCAGCGUAGACGCUUUAAUGCAAGCUGGACAGAGUUUGGCGCAGCAGUUGCAGGCGACUAAUCCAGAUCUAAUCGACAACUUCAGACGCACGAUGGGCCAGCCACCUGAGGAGCCGCCGCGUGAACCAGAAAACCAGUAAAAGCGCUUCAUUUCGACUUGUCACGCAAGUACUCUCCAUUAGCUGAGUCAACAUUUUGGUUCUUGGCUUCUAAUAUGAUCACACCAGAGAGAAGUUCUGCUCGUCCAAAUUAACUGAGAUUUUCCAUAUGUACAAUAAAGAGUUGAUUAAUA